AUUAAAAUGCGUAUUCUGUGCUGUAGAAACUAGAGAUUAACUAUAAGAUAUCACUUUUCAGAAUGUCCAGUUGGAUGUCGACACUUUUCUACUACUUUUACUUGUGAAUGAAAACACACACACACACAAUGGCCAUCAUCCAUUACUUUCACAGUGCUGGGACAGUCAGAUUUGCAUAGGUGGCAGAAGGUCCAAAUCCCUCGUGGGGCCCAGGGAUGAUUAAUGAUUAAAGGAGAUUAGGAGGAGGGUCAGGACUUGGCUACUGGUCUAACUCUGAUGCGGCUGUGGCUGCCUACAUACUAUUUGUGUCAAUACGACUAGCCUGUCUUGGGACUAAAUCUGAGGAUGUCGGCGGGAAAAAAACAACUGAAAAGGAGAGGAGAAUGAUGUUUCUAGGUGAAUGCUGACCAGGAUAAGGUAGGUACAGUGGACUUAGCUUCUGGAUUCUGUUUGAUUGUGUCAGUUAUUUCUUACAUUUUAUUUUCAGGACCUUUGUCCAGACAGAAAUGCCAGGUUCACUGGAUUUAAAAAGGAACUUUUGUUUUUUAAACCACAUUACAUCUUGCUGAUGCUUUCUCAGUUUGUCUCACAUAGACAGAUUGUUUCACACUUGCGUACUGACCACGUCAUUUUAUUUUGUCUUGACAGUGUUUUCCACUCCAACAAAUUGUGCCUGUCAUGUGAGAAUAUUUAUUUUUUUAUAUUCUCACCACUGUAGUCUCACAGACCAGCCUGCAUCUACAGCAUAACCAUAAUGCAGUGUCCACAAGAUAUCGAUCAUGACUACCAGGCUAAGCUGCUUAUGAGAGGACCUUCAGAAAACUGUACAACCAAUCCCCCUCCCCUUGGUCCCCCACACCCCCUGGAGGAUAACCUGUUCCCCUCCCCUGCUCUAUCUGUGUCCCACCCUUAAUCACCCCAAGGAUUUACAGAGGAUAUAUAUAUAUAUAUACGAUGGCGGUCUUGAGAGUGAAAUUCACCAAGACCAAGAGGGACAAGCUGGCCCAGCUGCUGUGGAUCCUGAACUGGAUCUCAGUGGUGACAGGGGUCAUCCUGUUUAGCCUGGGGCUCUUCCUCAAAGUGGAGAUUAACAAACGAGAGGAGCUGAUGGCUGCGAGGGACAUCCAGUAUGUGCCCAACAUGCUGAUUGCCGUGGGCCUCAUCGCCUGUGCCAUCAACUUCCUGGGCGGGAAGAUCUGCUAUGACUGCGUGGACACCGCCAAGUUCUUGCGCUGGAAGCUGAUCAUGCUGCCCUACAUUAUAUGCACAUUUUUCUUUACCUUCUGUGUGCUGGUGGGGGCUCUGAUGUGUUACAGCAUGCGUGGGGAGCUAGAGGAAUCUCUGAACGUGGGGCUGACUGAGGCCAUGAGGUUCUAUAAGGACACAGACACACCAGGACGAUGUUUCCUGAAGCGCACUGUGGACAUGCUACAGAUAGAGUUUCAGUGUUGUGGAAACAAUGGCUAUAAAGACUGGUUUCAAAUCCAGUGGAUCAGCAAAAGAUACCUGGAUAUGUCUCAAAAAGAGGUGGUGGACCGAUUAAGAAGUAACGUAGAGGGGAAGUACCUGAUGGACAGCGUCCCCUUCAGCUGUUGCAACGUCAACUCCCCGCGGCCCUGCAUCCAGCAGCAGAUCACCAACAACACCGCUCACUUCAACUACGAGCACCAGACGGAGGAGCUGAACUUGUGGAUGAAAGGGUGUCGCCAGGCGCUGCUGGAGUACUACACUCACAUCAUGCAGUCCAUUGGCCUCGCAGUCCUCAUCACCUGGCUGUUUGAGCUGUCAGUGUUGACAGGGGUUCGUUUCCUCCAGACCUCCCUGGAAAAUGUGCUGAGACAGGGCGACCCCAACUCUGAGUCUGACGGCUGGCUGCUGGAAAACAGCUUUAUGGAAACGGCCCGCACCAACCUGAAUAUCAUCAAGAGCCUUGGCAAGAGCAACCAUAUAGACAUAGCCAACAACGGAGACCCCAACAUUAAUGUUCCCUCCACAUGUAAAGCACACUAUGGGCCAGACAACGUGCCACCGAAGCACACACCUGAAGCCAGUUGACCUUUCUCAGUGAACAGCAUCCCUGGAUGCCUAAAUAAGGUCCUUCAUCCAGACUACUUAAAAAGAGUUGUUCACUUUACAUCUAUUAGUUAUUAUCUAUAUGAGUCAAAAAAUACAACUGAGAAAUGCCCAUACAAUGGUGUUUGUGGAAAUAAAAAUAUAUUGUGGGAAAUGCCACACAAUAUAUGAUCUGUUUCCGUGACAGGGUCCAUAUUUUCCUGCUUUGUUGACCUUUUACAAUCACUAACUAAUCAAAAUCUUUCCAUAGAUAUUCCUUUUUACGUUGCAAACAUCAUAAAUCAACACAAAUUACAUAUUCUUCCGUACAUCUGUACUGUAAUCUGUUGUUUACAAAUGAUAUCUUGUUGCCUGUAUAUCGUGUUUUUGCAACAGCUUUCCAAAACAGUUUCAUACACCUGUCAGCUGCAACACUGGAAUCAAAAUGAACUUAUACCUAUUUUAUUGUUUGAUGAAAACAAAUCAGUGAUGUGGGUUCAGAGGUUGGGUCACAUUUUGCCUCAAAGUAUGAUAGAAAAUGCUUGAACGUUUUACUACUGAAUUACUCUAGCAAGAAUUUGUAGGAUAUAAUUAAAAUGAAAUUAAAAGUUAUCUUCCACAAAUCUAGGCGCAGGGUGAUCUGGCCUCAAGCUAAAUAUUUUUUAGUUUUAGUUUUGAUCAAUAGUAACAUUUUUGGAUCUCUUCUGUGCAUUUUACCUGGCUUUAGCAAAUAAAGUUGUACCAAGAGUAGUAAACAAUGGGAUAAAUACUGUAUAUUGUUGCUUUCACACUAGUUACGGUAACAUAACCAGACAGACAUCUAAUUGAAAACACAUUAUAUUUUCUAGAACGUUUAAGCUGUCACCACAAUGAAUUAUGUGCCUCAGCAAUGUCACCAUGGUCUUAUGAAAACACCUCAGUCAUUUUUGCCAGGAUUAGCUACCAAAAACUUGACAAUAAACCUCCGAGCUGAUGGCUGGGUUUUAUUGUUUGUGAUAGUUUUGUAAGGGUUGCACACGAGUACAUUGCAAGCUAGGCUACUAUGUCUUACUUUCUUUUAAUGAUAAAGCCUUCAACAUACUGGCAGGUGGCAGGGUCAUGUCUGUUGGUCAAAGGAACUCUGCUUUCUCUGCCUUUGUUUUCAGAUAUUAUAAAGCACAUGGCAGCUGAGAGGGCAAAUUACAGCUUAAACAUUUGGGGGGCGAAAAAAACUUGGAUGUUGCUAAAUUAAACCAUGUUAAUAAAGUUUUCAUUCUGGCUAUGAAA